AUCCUUCCAGGUGUUGGACACACCACUCUGAGAUGACAGCGCAGAAGGCACCACAAGUUACAAGUCACAAGGGGUUAAGACUGCUCUCUGUUCCCCAUCUCAGACUUGAUCUUUGCUCUGCCCAAAGUGUCUGCUGUCCCCUGUAUUGAGAACCUGCCAUUUGAAUUACAGAGAAACUUCCAGCUCAUGCGAGAUCUGGAUCAGAGGACAGAAGACCUCAAGUCAGAGAUCGAUAAGUUGGCCACGGAGUAUAUCAGCAAUGCACGGACUUUGUCUUCAGAGGAAAAACUGGGGCUUCUCAAGCAGAUCCAGGAGGCCUAUGGGAAGUGCAAGGAAUUUGGGGACGACAAGGUUCAGCUGGCAAUGCAGACCUACGAGAUGGUGGAUAAGCACAUCCGGCGGCUGGACACAGACCUCGCUCGCUUUGAAGCAGACCUGAAGGAGAAGCAGAUAGAGUCGAGUGACUAUGACAGUUCUUCCAGCAAGGGCAAGAAGAAGGGCCGAGCCCAGAAAGAGAAAAAAGCUGCCCGUGCUCGCUCCAAAGGGAAAAACUCUGAUGAGGAAGCACCAAAAACUGCCCAAAAGAAACUGAAGCUCGUCCGCACUAGCACAGAGUACGGGAUGCCUUCUGUCACCUUUGGAAAUGUGCACCCCUCGGAUGUACUGGAUAUGCCCGUGGACCCCAAUGAGCCCACUUACUGCCUCUGCCACCAGGUCUCCUAUGGGGAGAUGAUUGGCUGUGACAACCCAGAUUGUUCCAUUGAAUGGUUUCAUUUUGCCUGUGUGGGUCUGACGACAAAACCAAGAGGAAAAUGGUUCUGCCCUCGCUGUUCCCAGGAGAGGAAGAAGAAAUAAAUUCACAGGAGACCUCAGUACUGCUGCAGGAGCUCUCUUCCCCCUGCCAGGGCCUCGUCCCAGUUCCCCCAGCCCUUGGGGCCUUGGUUGAAGGGAAGUCUUGCCCUGUUUGUGGUUUGGGCCAUCCCUGGAAUGGUGUGUACCCUCACGGUGGUUCCUGUGUGUUCUGUAUCCCUGGUUGUUUCUGAGUCCUUAAGGGAGGCCUUCUCUGUGUACUAUUCCAAACAGGUCUCUGAACCUCAAAGGGAAUGAAUGAGGGCACCAGGGUAGCCACCAGAUUCCCAGGGAUUCAGGUAGCCCCUGAUUUUCCUUGGCUUUCCUUCAGCCUCCUCAGAGUUCAUUGCCUGUUCUCUGCUUAGAGAACAAGGCUAUGGGAUGGGGGAAGGAAAGGAGGUAAGUCUUCAGCAUUUUAGGUCAUUCAUUUUCCUGGAUCUUUUUCAGGAGAGAGGGAGUAACCAGGCUACUUCUUAAUCUAGUGGGCUGGUUGAGAGACUGAAAACCUGAUGUGCUCCCUGUCUUUAACCAUUCCACUGCUGGCAUUGGGCAGCCUCUUUUGUUGGGGAGAGGAGGAGGCAGAGGGAUGUUUAGAGCUAGCUUUGUCUCUCUUAUUCCUGGGGUAAACCUGCUGGUCUGGGAGGCACUCUCUGUGAAGGAGGAAGAAUUUCUGACACGUGGGGAGAAACAGCUUGGUCCAGUCUGUCUUCCGGCCUCAAAAUUCUGCCUUCCUCUUGUGUAGUGGUGCUUCUCCAUGGCAUUGAUGGUGGGAAGUUUGAGGAUUCAACUCCCACUUGUAUAAUACAGAAUGAAAUAAAAUUCAUUGAAACCAA